AUGGCCAAAGCACGUGUUAAGAAGCGCACCCACUUGCGGCCGCAAAAUGCCUCUUCUGCAGCCAACAAGAGCGCCGCUGCCACGAUGUCCAAGACCCCAAAGUCGAUGGUCAUUAGAACUGGCGCUUCUCAGGUCGGCUCCAGUGUCAGCCAGCUGGUCAAGGAUGUUCGACAAAUGAUGGAACCCGAUACUGCUGUGCGAUUGAAGGAACGUAAAUCCAACCGCCUGCGCGAUUAUACCGUGAUGGCUGGUCCUCUCGGUGUCACACAUCUUAUGCUAUUCUCCAAGUCCAAGACUGGCAACACGAACAUGCGUCUCGCCGUGACCCCUCGAGGACCCACUUUGCACUUCCAAGUUGAGAGCUACUCGCUCUGCAAGGAUGUCGAACGAUCAUUGAAGCGCCCGAGAAGCGGUGGACAGGACCACAAGACUCCGCCGCUACUGGUUAUGAAUAACUUCAAUUCGCCAGAUGCUACGGAGGAAUCAAAAGUGCCCAAGCGUCUCGAGACCCUCACAACCACCAUCUUCCAAUCUCUCUUCCCCCCGAUCAACCCCCAAGCCACGCCACUGUCCUCUAUUCGCCGUGUAAUGCUUCUCAACCGAGAGCAAUCCGAGUCCGACGAUGGCUCUUACAUCCUGAAUCUUCGACAUUACGCCAUCGCCACGAAGAAGACUGGCGUCUCAAAGCGCAUUCGUCGUUUAGACCCGAAGGAAAUCCGCAACAGGGAUAAGAAAAAGACAGCUGUUCCAAAUCUUGGAAAGCUGGAGGAUGCGGCCGAUUAUCUCCUCGAUCCAUCCGCCGCUGGCUACACUUCUGCUAGUGAGACUGAACUGGACACAGAUGCCGAGGUUGAAAUUGCGGAAAGCACGACACGCAAAGUCCUGAACAAGCGCGAGGCACAACGCCAAAGAGCUGGCGACAAAGAGAAGGCUGCUGCUACCCCGGGCGUCGAGAAACGCGCUGUUAAGCUCGUCGAACUUGGUCCCCGCAUGAAGCUUCGCCUGAUGAAAGUCGAAGAGGGUGUCUGCGACGGUGCAAUUAUGUGGCACGAUUUCAUCACAAAGUCUGCGGAUGAAGUCAAGUCCAUGAAGAAGAGCUGGGACUCCCGACGAAAGGAGAAGGAGGCGCGGAAGAAGCUGCAGAAAGAGAACAUUGAACGUAAGAAGAAGGAUAAGGCCAAGGCCAAGGCUAAUGGCGAAGAGGUGGAAGAAGAUGAUGAAGAUGUCGACAUGGACGGUGAUGACUGGCUCAGUGAUGACUUUGAUGAUGAGGACGCCGAGGGUGCCGAGCAGGAGCAAGACUCCGAUGAUUCUAUGGAGGAGUAA